AUCAUCAUACUUACGUUAGUAGCAGCGUGACAAAAGUAACAUCGGAUCUGGUCACUAAUACGUAUAUUUCAAAAUAGUUAUUUGUGAAUCUGGAAAAGUAAAAACCUAUUCCAAAACAUAAACGGAUUAUUGGCAUUUAUUGGAAACUACACAAACAUUCUUACAACAUAUUGGUGCCAACUUUUCAAAUACAUAUAAAAAUGAAGUUAACGUUAUGUUUGCUUGCCUGUUUUGUUUACGCAUGCUCAUGUCAAAAUUUUGGAGACUUCAUGACAGAGAUUAGGCAAGCUAAAGUAAGAGACAGAGAGACAGAGAAACUUGAAGAAACUACUGGUAUAGUAACUAAAUUAAAGCAAAUAUUCAAAGAAGAAAGUCUUACUGACAGCGCGGAAAAGCUUCUUGACAAUGAAUUUGAACAAUACAAUCCAUACGAAGUUGGAAGCUUGUGUCUGAAUCAUACAAAGUAUCUCCUCCAAGGAAUAAAAGAUCAAGAGAAUUGGGCGCUUCGCAUGGUUGACUCUAUUGGUAAACCCUCGAGUGAUUUACUUGACUUCCACAUUAGAUGGAUAGGUAACUACGAAGAAUGCACUGCAGUAGAGGCCAUUGUCUACGACGAUCCUGUCAAUAAAACUGGUCCUAGUAACCCAUAUAAUGGAAAAUACUGUCUCACAUACUUCCCUAUUGGAGGGGAUCAGCAACCAACGUUACUGCAACCAACAGGAUUGGCUCUUGCAAUAGGAAUGUGUUUUCCUGAUACUUGUUCUUCGCUGGAGGCCGGAGCAUUAGCUCUAACAUUGGUACGCUCCCUUCCGCUUAAUACCAGCUUCGUUCCAUAUGCGUAUGCAGUGUGUCAGGAAAAGGACUUGGAAUACAGUGACAAGGCUAUUGCAGUCAUUGUAGUGUGUUCAAUAUUUCUUGUAAUAAUAGUCAUUGCGACAGCCUAUGACGUCACUAUUCAAGUCUUGUUACCAUACGUGUCACAGAUGAACAAAGUGGAGCCAAGUAAUCAUAUGUAUGGAACGUUUUCUUCCAAACAAGAAAAUGGCCACGUUCAUCAAUCUAAUGGCCACAUUUCAAACAGUGGUAUUAUAUCAGAAAAAAGUCCACUAAACCGCGAUUCGUACGACCACGCUGUUGAAACGAAAAUUCAUGACGAACGGGAACCUGACAUGACAUACAAACCUGGUUUACCAGGAAGAUUGCUUCUCUCAUUUUCGGCAUAUACUAACGCCUCGAAGAUUUUCAACACAAACCAAGCGUCAGGGAUUCUCACGAGCGUUAAUGGAAUAAGAUUCAUCAGUAUGACAUGGGUAGUCUUGGGACAUACUUACGCCUUUGGAUUAAAUGCCACUGACAAUAUUUCAACAUUUCUGCCUCAAAUUCUAAAGAGGUUUUCCUUUCAAGUAAUAUCAAAUGCGACAGUUGCUGUGGAUACAUUCUUUGUUUUAAGCGGAUUAUUGGUAGCAUACCUAUCUCUACGUGAAAUGAAGAAGAAAAAUGGUGCUAAAAGAUUCAGCUGGGGAAUGUUUUACUUUCACAGAUUUUGGAGACUGACUCCUCCUUAUAUGCUCUUCCUCAUGUUCUAUGUGCCUACGAUGAAAUACUGGACAACUGGACCUCUUUGGCCUCAGUCGACUGGGUUUGAACAGGAUGAAUGCAAAGACACGUGGUGGAAAAAUAUCUUAUACGUUAAUAAUAUCAUCGAACCUGAAAAAAUGUGUAUGGCAUGGAGUUGGUAUUUAUCAAAUGACAUGCAGUUCUAUGUUAUCAGUCCAUUGAUGCUUAUACCUCUUUACUACUCACCGCUAUGGGGAACUAUAACAUGUCUAGCAUUCGUUCUUAGUAAUUUCAUUGCAACGGGAGUUAUUUCAAAACAACAUAAGCUUGGUUCUAACAUGAUUUUAGGGGAUUCGUCAAAUGAGGCAUUUACAUUAAUCUAUGUUAAACCAUGGUGUCGGAUUGCACCAUACGUUGUUGGUUUAUUCACCGGCUAUAUUCUGUACAAAACAGAUUGUAAAGUGAAGAUGUCCAAGUUUGUUAACAUGCUAGGCUGGGCCAUUGCAACAGCGUUCGCUCUCUUGGUUUUGUACGGUCUCUACGACUCAGAGGGAACGGAGAAGCUUGGUGUAGACGCUGCUGCUCUUUACAAUGCCACUGGAAGAACAGCCUGGGGUAUGGCGGUCGCUUGGGUCAUAUUUGCUUGUGCUACCGGAUAUGGCGGCCCUGUGAACGCACUACUUUCGUGGCGUGCAAUAAUUCCACUAAGCCGACUUACUUAUUGCGCCUAUCUGGUACAUCCUGUGAUAAUGUACUUGUACUACUUCAGUCGGCGUACUUUGAUGAGGUGGUACGACCUUGAGAUCUCUUAUCUCUUCCUUGGAAACAUUUGUCUUACCUAUGCUGUUGCUUUUGUAAUUUCCUUGGCGUUUGAAUCACCGAUGAUGGGAUUAGAGAAAGCAUUGCUAGGACGGGAGAAGCGUAGCUAGAUAUAUGCAUGCAUUCUUUCUUGAAGCUGUGGUGAAAAAGUCUCACUGAUAAAUCCAUUACGGAAGUAUGAAUAUUAGCAUUUCAAAAACGUGUGUACAAUAACAAACUAAGUGCUUGUAUAUGCCAACAGAUAUCAAAAAGAGUAAAUAAAGAAUGCCUAUAUAUAGAAACAUU